AUGACGGCCCCUCUUCAGUUUUCGCUAGAUCUUGCGGAACUGGCCCCUCCGUGGAAUCCCGCGGCCGCCCCCCCCUCGGAGGGACUGCCGCCGUUCUUUGUUGGCCCUUCGGCAUCUAUGAUACCCGAAUUUGGGGUAUAUGAAGAUGUGGCGAGGGCCCCCUACACUUAUUUCGGGCAUGUUCCCUCGGCAGGGGCCCCCCGUAGCCGCUUUUUCAUCCUGGCGGCAAUUGCCUCGAUAUCAGCCCUUGCCUUUCUGGUUCUCCGUUGUUUCGCGUUGCUGAGUGCUGAGUCUUCUUUGAAAGUGUCGGGUUCUCCGUCUCGGCAAUUGUCUGAUGAUGACGAUGUAUUUUCAUGCCCUGCUGGGGAGGAUGAGUCAAGUGCUGCAGCUUCGGGAGGGGAGGACUACAGGUCCUCAGGAGACCCUGAACUCUCUCCGUUAGCCCAACAAGCGGUGAUGCAGCAGAUACAGAUGCUGACGCUGACGCGAACGGAUGCGCAAUGCCUGACACAGGAAGAGGUGCGUGAGGUGGCGCACGCGCAAGCUUCGUUACGGUCGUUGGCGUCCAGAUACGUAUAUAUCAGCGGACGCACCACCGACCUGACGCGGAGGGUGCAGGACCUUAGAUACCAGGAAGAAAGGAAGGGAAAAGAGGAGGAUGAAGGGGCGGAGGAGGAGGCACAGUCAAGCACUCUAUCGCGGCUAAUGGCGCUGCAGCACGAGCUGGAGCUGGAGAAACAGGAAUUGGGAUCCAUCAAGGAAAAGCUCCUGAAGAUGAUGUUCUCUACGGAUCAGGACGUCUUGGCUUUAUUCAUAAGAGCUAGAUUCUUUUCCUCGGGUCGCUCUAUCUCUGCGCCAGCCUCCCAAGCGCUUUCCGCGAAAGAUGUUGUCUUUGGAGUAAACACCAGCAUCCCGACGCAACUAACGAGCGACCAGGUGAAUCGCGUGGGACUGCUUGUGACCGACCUUCUGCUGCAGAGCAGCUCCUGCCGCACCGAGCUACAACGAUUGGUGCAGCAGGGCGUGGUGCCUGGGCAGUCUCGCACGACUGCGCAGGCCAUUACAGCUCCUGUCGUUCACCGUGCGCGCGGCUUCCUCUCGGACUUGACGGCGACGGCGGAGCAAAUGCGUCGAGCAGGCAUGCAAGCGCGAGCAAAAGAAGUGCAACACGAGGCGGAGCGGAUGAUACGGGCGCUGGAGACUUGCGGGUUCGGUCCAGGCCGGGUCUCUCCAAAGACCCCGAAGCGCCUUUUUGGCGCCGAUGCCACAUUGACCGUUGAGUGGAAGGGGCCCCCAAUGCUCUGGCAGCCGGUACCAUCUCCGCGGCUUCCUUGGCAGCGGUCUCCUUCUGCUGACCUCUUUUUGUCUUCUGAACAGUCGGACGACGCGUCCACUUCCUCAACGCUCCCUGACGUGCUCGCCCACGACUUACAAACGAAAACACAGAUCGCAAGCUCCUCCCGUUCCGUCGAAGAAACUCGCCGACCACGCCAGUCGCAGCCCCCCUCAGCAGAUCCAUCGUCACCUUGGGGCUCUAUGGCGAUAUCGGGGGAGCGGAAGCGGCUCUGGCGGUCCUUUCCUGAGAUAUUUACAGAUACUGUGACGAUCCAAAGUGCUGAUACGCCGUCGGAAGAGGGUGCACAAGCAGCUGAUGGUGCACAAUGGAGGAGGCGCUCCGCAUCGUCUAGGUCUAUGGAAGAUGAUUCUGAAGCGUCCUCAGACGCAAGUUCUGAGCAUUCAGAGGAAGUGGCUUGGCUUACUAGCAUGUUCCCGGGCGAAGGAGCCCAGCAACUGCUCCACCACGCUGAUGCUGAGCAAUCACAGGAAGCUGUAGAGAACCGGGCCCGAAGAGGGGUCAAGCUCAUGAAGACUUGGACUGCAAAGGCGGAGGCCCUACUGCAAGCUGAAGUGAGCAGCUACGCUGUAUACGAGCAGAUGAAACACAAAAUGAUAGACGGGAAGAGGAUUAUAUCUAGCUGGGAGCUAGUGAGGACGGAAGCAGCAUCUCCCCUUCUGAGCACCACCCUUAUUCAGGAACUCCGGGACCAGUUGUUUAAAUGCGAGCAGAUGCUGAAUCAGCUGCAAGACCGUGCUGUUGAGUGGGCUUUAAGUGUGCUUACUGCAUCAGAAGCAAGCGUGAAGGAUUCCAUACUUUCGCUGAGAGAGGGCGUGGAAAAGGCGAAAGCUAACGAUUUGAAUCGUAUCAUCUUUUCGAACAUCAUGGUGGGUGUAGCAAACACGAUCCUGAAAGCCCAAAAGGCACAUUGUUCGUAUGCUAAGCUCACAACGGAAGUGCCGGAAGUAUCCAAAGAGCUGAGCGCGACGCUCCUCAGACUGGCAAGGAAGUCAUUGGACGCCGCAGUGGAGCUCGAGAAUGCGUUGACUCAAGUGCCUCCUGGUGGACGAGGUGCUGCACGGGGCGAGUCAGCUGCGCGCCCCCAACAACCCCUGGCCGAGGGGCCAGUGGUCUACGAGGCACCACCAGAGGAGGCAGACGAGCAACAAGGAGCUGCAGCAAUCGCUGAGCCAACAACUGAGCCGCUACCGACACUCACCGAAACAGCGGAUCCGCCGCCUGAUGGCUUUGAGGCAUCCGGUCCGCUGACUUUUGCAGACCCCGACGAUGGCGGCGCAGCGCUCAUCGAUGCAGCAGCAAGGAAGGCAUCCAGCGUGCUGAAUAAACUCAAACUGCGAUAA